GGAAGAGAGAAGUCCCUCAUACCAAGGUUCAGGUUUAUUUCCGGUUCGAACAAGGACGAGGAGCGAGGUGAGGUGUUCGCUGAGUUUGGGUCAGAGAAGAGCCAGCCGAAGAGUAACGAUGCCCCCACCGAGGCAACGAUCGAAACGACGAAGUGCUUCAAAAACCCGCGUCCGCCGUCUGCUUGAUGGAAGAAUCCACGUCCGCGAAGAUCCUGCGCAAGACGCCUAGCACGAACCCCCUCACCGAUACCCCGUCACUCGUUACCUCCAGCUCCGCAUCUACAACCAUGUCCACAGUACACACCGACCCUGCCAGAUCGUCGAGACCACCUUCGGUCCCAGACGAAUCAAUCGCACGUCCUCCGCAUCUUCCAUCUCCUUCAUCUCAUCUGUCAGAAGCGCCAUAAAUGAUACUAGUCAACGUAUCGUUGCACCGGAGUUUGAUCGACCGAUCGAUGGACGCAACUCUGUGAUGUUUAUGUGCAUUUAUUUCCGGCAAGGCAGAGAACAUAUAUUUAAUACGGCUUUGACAGAUGAAGGAGACCAUCGGAGACCGUGAUCGGAGCCUGAGAUGAACAUGGAAUGGCCUGAGAGAGACUCGAGCGGGUAAUCAGAGCAAGAAGACACGAGCCAAGUGAGGUUGACAUGAAGCCCUUCAGCAAUCUUCGUAAAUGUUACUUCCCAGACCCAGUGUUCAAUGAGAGUAAGCCAGCAUGAGCGUCACGGUAGAC